AUGGCGGAYGAAGGUAAAAAAGAAAAGAAAGAAAAGAAAGACAAGGAAAGCUCCAGACCUAUCGUACCAAAAACAGCGCUAGAGAUCCAGAGAUUACAGUAUGAAAGACUAAUGAAAGAUCCAGAUAAGAAUGUUAAUUUACCAGAAAAGCCCAAAGAUUGGAAGCCGACAGAUCCAAAAGAUUUUGUUAGAUUUGUGAUGGGAUCAAGUGCUGGAGCUGGAAGUGGAGAGUUCCAUGUAUAUCGGGCUACAAGAAGAAGGGAAAACAAUAGGAUAGAAUAUCUGGAAAAACAAGCCAAGCAGGAUGAACUUCAGCAAGAAUAUCAGAAAAAACUUGACAAAAAUAAAGAAAUAGCGGAAGAGAGAACAGCCAAAAAAAGAGCCAAAAGGCAAAGAAAAAAGCAAAAGAAACAGCUUGCCAAGAAAAUGAAACAAAAUGCAAGCAAAGAAGAUACAAAAGAACAAGAGCAAAGUAGUGAAGAAGAAGAAGAAGAAGAGGAGGAAGAAGAAGAGCCCCAUUUUGUGAUCAAUAGAGCUGAUAGCUGAYACCUCUGCUGCUGUAAAUUCACAUUUCGUUUCCAAAAUUUGUAAAUAGAAAAAGUACUUACAGUGCAGACAGACUAACAAGAAACAUCUGYACAACAUUAAGAUGAAAAUGAAAUAUACAUGUAGCAACUCAAGAGAGAGCAAAAUCAGCAUCAUCUUGACCUCAGGCAAACGAUCUCUAAUUCUCAUGGUUGUUGAUAAUAUCUAAGCUUUUUCCCAGAUAUAUAAUGAGAUUAAGGCUUCAUUUCUUGGUCCGGAUUGGUUCAAGUUGGACUUCACUUUGAUUCCUUUGUUUUCAAACUAUGUCUUGAUAAUCUCAUUUUAUUAAUAAAGAAACUUUUAAAACCA